AUGGUGUCUGGAUUGAUGAAGGAUCUCCCUGAUCGUAUCACUGUCACACUUGUCUCUAUUGACAAAUUGAAUGAAUGCAAGGACAAGUUCACUUCAAUCAAUUCGAUGCAUGUAUACAGUAUCUCAAAGGAUGUCAUCCCAUCUGAUCCAACAAACGCCGUCAUUAUGCUCCAUAAUGAACAAAAGGAGAGGUAUCAUAAUGUCAAAGAGCUUGGUCCCGACUACUUCAACAAGGCACUUCCAUUGCAAUCAAAGUCAUUCUCAAAGAGAGAGUUGAAGAAGCCAUUGCCAAUACCAAACAAUCCUACAAUGUAUAGACAGGAGAAGCCAAAGCCUGCUGCCGUUGCCGCCGCUCCCACCACUGCCAGUGCUGCCAAGCAGGCCACAAAGCCACAGGCCAAGGGACUCACUGACUUCUUUAGCAAACAGGAUGCCAAAGAGGAUCCAUUCGCUCGUUUUGAGCAGAAGAGGAAGGAGGAGGAGCUGGCAAAGAAGGACAAUCCUCUUUCAAAGGUGGACACCACACCAGCAUCAGCAAAGAAGAAGCCAUCGCCAAAGAAGAAGGAGGAUCCUGUGGCUAGCAAGACGAGCAAACAACAGGUUAUCGAAACAAAGAAGGUGGUCGCUGCAGCACCUCCAAAGAAGCGACAGUCAAGCGAUGACAGUGACUCGGAGGAUGAUCCAUUCGCCAGUGAUGACGAAGAGGAGGAGGUCGUGUCAUUCCAACGUGUGGUCAGGAGUAACAAGAUGGUCAUUGACAGUGAUGAGGAAGAAGAGCAGCCUACAAAGUCAAUUGGAAAGAAGAGAACAUUACAGGAUAUAGAGGAUGACGACGACCAGAUCGAUGUCAGUGGUCAUUCACAACAGGCUAGGAUGGAGCAAGAGAGGAAAGAACAGGAGAAGAAGGAGCAAGAGAAGAAGUUACGAGAGAAGGAGGCAAAGGAGAAAGAGGCCAAGGAAAGGAAGGAGAGAGAGAAGAAAGAGAAAGAGGCAAAAGAGAAGGAAAUGGAGAAGUUGACCAAGGAGAAGGAGGCAAAGGAGAAGAAGGAGAAGGAGGCCAAGGAGAAAGAGGCCAAGGAUGCCAAGGAGAAGAAGGAAAAGGAGGCCAAAGAGAAGAAGGAGAGGGAGGCCAAGGAUGCCAAGGAGAAGGAGUCCAAGUCCACCGUAAAGAAAUCAAAGGUUGCUGUGCAGCAAGCUGACAUUGAUAUGGAUGAUGACGAAGAGAAUGAUGAGGACAAGCCUGCAAAGAAGGUAGUCAAGAAACAAAGGACCGGUGACUCUACAAAGAAUGACAAGUUGGAAGAGAAACAGGCCGCUACCAAACCAUCAUCGACUGUAAAGGAUAAGAAGAAACAGGCGUCCACAAAGGAUAGUACUCAAGAUGAAAAGGAUGAGGUUGAGCAGACGAUUGAUCCUGUGCCCGCUGCUGACAAGACUAAACAGAAGAAACAGGCGACAACAAAGGACAAGGACACAGAUGUGACCCCUAGUGCCAAGAAGGCACCAGCCAAGUCUCCUAGCAAAAAGGCAGCUGCCGCUGCCGCUGUCUCCAAGUCAGACAGUUCACCUGACAAGAAAGUACAGUCAAACAUCACAUCAUUCUUUACAAAGAAAUAA